AUGCUUGACACGUUCAUUAUCAUUAUCAAUGAGCCGAAGAUAGCGUUCGGCCACCCGGAGAUGUUCUGCGUUCCUAUAGGCUUCUUUGUAGUGAGCUUGCUGGUUGUUCAGGGGAACGCGGCGCCGGAGACGAUCAUCGGUGAAAAUGGCGAAGUCUACGUUGCUCCUCCUCCUCAACUGAGCCGAUCACUGCAGAAGAAGUUCCCGGGUUCUCGGAAACUCCAUCCCGCUCUCCUACCGCGGAAACAUCAGGCUGCUCUCGUGCACUCGAUUGCCGUCUCUUCACCCACCAAGGAGAACAAGGACUCUGUCGAACUCGAUAGAACCGUGGAGGAGGAACUCUUCUUGCCCGAGCAAGACCUAGCAGUACCAAAGCUGCUAAAUGUCGACGUGCGUUGUAAUCGAAACUCGCUCGACGUCAUAAUGACGUUCGAUGCGGAAUUCCACGGUGUUGUCUACUCGAAAGGUCACUAUUCGGAUCCCAACUGUCGAUAUCUCCGAACUAAUCCAGAGACCGGACCCAACCAACUAAAGUUCACGGUCUUCGCCGAUAAAUGCGGCACUCGACUGGUCGAUGGCGGCAAAAACGGAGAGGCUUUCGUUGAGAAUACCGUCGUUGUCCAGAACACGGCUGGAAUCCAAGCCGCUUCGGACACCGCACGAGCUCUCCGAUGUCGCUUCGAACGGGACAACAUAGCGCGGACCGUCUCCUCAUCACUAUCGGUCGAUGUCCUUGACGUGAUUUCUGUCACGUAUUCGGGGGACUCCAUCGACUCGUACAUGGACGUUCAGCUCGGCAAGGGCCCGUUCCACGCAAACCCGGUGAACGGUCCGGUGAAAAUCGGCGAAACGUUAACAAUGGUCGUCUACAUUCACGGGGACGACUACGACGUACACGUUGCCGAUUGCAUAGCUCACGAUGGCGAUGUGAACAACGCGAUCCAGCUCAGUAACCACCAUGGAUGCGUGAGCAAACCGAAAGUCAUGGGUCCCUGGCAGAGAACCCGGGAGACGCUGACCACAGGAGCUUCGGCGAUCGCUUGGGCCUACAUGGAAGCCUUCAAGUUCCCCGAUAAACUCGAAGUAUUCUUGGAGUGCAACAUCGAGAUUUGUAAGUUCCAGUGCCAUGACGACCCGAAUCGAUGUCUCGUCGGUCGGAAAAAAUCAGCGGCGAGCAGAAAGCGGAGAAGCGCCAACGAUCCAUCAUCCGGAAUUCCAUCGAACUCGACGGCGACGCUCCGUAGACUGAAAGCUCGCGUACGCAAACAGAAAGAGAUAGUUCAGCCCGUUGAAGCGGAACCGCCCGAGGACCCUGAGCCCGAUACCGAGGAGGGAGAAGAAUUGGCCGAAAGUGCUCAUCUGAUGCGGGGAAUCCGAGUCGUCGCACCCGAAGACAGCAUCGAAACCUCGACGGGGCCGGUGCGCAGUUCCACUUUCGUUGCAGUGCCAUCAGCGGACAGGCCGAGCGUGAUCCUCGCACCUCAUCCCCAGCCGAACCAGCUGUGCGUUUCGACGUCAGGCUUCCUGUUCUGUGCGUCGCUAGGAGUUCUACUCCUGGUCACUUUGUUGCUCACGAUCGUUGGUCUGUAUCUCCGGAUGCGACAGCUGGAUCCUGAAGUUCAAUUGAUGACAGAAGCCGCGAUGGCCGGGACAAUGCAGCGGCGUCAUGUCAUAGCUUCGAUAUCUGCUCGAGCCGGACAGGGAGCACCUCGCAGAAAAGGAGACUUCUGA